AUGAGUUCGGGCCUAUGGAGCCAAGAGAAGGUGGCGUCAUCCUACUGGGAGGAGCGCAUCUUCUACCUGCUGCUCCAGGAGCACACGGUGACCGACAAGCAGACCCAGAAGCUCCUGAAGGUGCCCAAGGGCGCGAUCGGGCAGUACGUCCAGGACCGCGCCCUGGGGCACGCCCGGGGGCCGGCGGCCAAGGGCAAGAAGAGCCAGAUCGGCCUGAAGCUCCUGGAGCAGCCGCACGCCGUGCUGCUGGUGGACGAGAAGGACGCGCUGGAGAUCAGCGAGAAGUUCACGGAGCUGCUGCUGGCCAUCACCAGCUGCGAGGAGCGGCUCAGCCUGCUGGACAACAAGGCCCGGCUGAGCAAGGGCCUGCACCUGGACGUGGGCAGCCCCGUGCGGGUGCAGCUGCGGCCGGGCGAGGAGAAGUUCCCGGGGGUCGUGCGCUUCCGAGGCCCCCUGCUGGCGGAGAGGACGGUGUCCGGCAUCUUCUUCGGGGUAGAGUUACUGGAAGAAGGCCGCGGCCAGGGCUUCACGGACGGGGUGUACCAGGGGAAGCAGCUCUUCCAGUGCGAGGAGGACUGCGGCGUGUUCGUGGCGCUGGACAAGCUGGAGAUGGACGAGGAUGACAACGGCCUGGAGAGCGACUACACGGGCCCCGACGCCGUGCAGGCCGAGCUGCCGCCGCUGGAAAUCAACUCGCGGGUGUCUCUGAAGAUCGGCGAGAGCCUGGAGUCCGGCACCGUCAUCUUCUGCGGCACUCUGCCGGGAAAGGAGAGCCUGGGCUAUUUUGUUGGCGUGGACAUGGACAACCCCAUCGGCAACUGGGACGGCAGGUUCGACGGCGUGCUGCUCUGCAGCUUCGCCAGCGUGGAGAGCACGCUGCUCCUGCACAUCAACGACAUCCUCCCAGAUAGCAUGACCCAGGAGAGGAGGCCUCCCAAGCUGGCCUUCGCGUCCAGAGGCCUGGGGGACAAAGGCUCCUCCGGCCACAGCAAACCAAAGGUGACAGGCUCUACCUCAGACCCGGGAAGCAGGAACAGAUCUGAGUUAUUUUACACCUUAAACGGCUCUUCUGUGGACUCACAGCCGCAACUCAAGUCCAAAAACACGUGGCACAUGGAUGAAGUGGCCGAGGACUCCGCCAAGUCGCUCACCGAGCUGUCCCCGGAGCUGGGCCAGGUGUCGCCCCCGCUGCAGCCCCCGUCCAUGAACUCGCUGUCCGGCGAGAACCGGUUCCACUCCCUGCCCUUCAGCCUGACCAAGCUGCCCAGCGCCAACGGCGCCAUCGGCCACAGCCCGCUCUCGCUGUCCGCGCAGUCCGUGACGGGCGAGCUGGGCACGGCGCCCGUGCCCGACAGCCCGCCCGUGGCCGCGUCCCCCGGCAGCGCCCACGGCCUGGAGGUGGGCUCGCUGGCCGAGGUCAGAGAGAACCCGCCCUUCUACGGGGUGAUCCGCUGGAUUGGGCAGCCGCCGGGCCUCAGCGAAGUCCUCGCCGGCCUGGAGCUGGAGGACGAGUGCACGGGCUGCACGGACGGCACCUUCCGGGGCACCCGCUACUUCACCUGCGCCCUCAAGAAGGCGCUCUUCGUCAAGCUCAGGAGCUGCCGGCCCGACUCCCGGUUCGCGUCCCUGCAGCCGGUGUCCAACCAGAUCGAGCGCUGCAACUCUCUAGCCUUCGGAGGCUACCUGAGCGAAGUAGUGGAAGAAAAUACUCCCCCGAAAAUGGAGAAGGAAGGUUUGGAGAUAAUGAUUGGAAAGAAGAAAGGCAUCCAGGGCCAUUACAACUCUUGUUACUUGGACUCGACCUUAUUCUGCUUGUUUGCGUUCAGCUCCGUUCUGGACACGGUGCUGCUGAGGCCCAAGGACAAGGACGAUGUGGAGUAUUACAGCGAGACGCAGGAGCUGCUGCGGACUGAGAUCGUCAACCCGCUGCGGAUAUACGGAUAUGUGUGUGCCACGAAGAUUAUGAAACUGAGGAAAAUACUGGAGAAAGUUGGGGCUGCGUCAGGGUUUACCUCUGAAGAGAAAGAUCCUGAAGAAUUCUUGAAUAUCUUGUUUCACCAUAUUUUGAGGGUGGAGCCUUUGUUAAAAAUAAGGUCGGCAGGUCAAAAAGUACAAGAUUGUUACUUCUAUCAAAUUUUUAUGGAAAAAAAUGAGAAAGUUGGAGUCCCUACAAUUCAGCAGCUGUUAGAAUGGUCUUUCAUCAACAGCAACCUGAAAUUUGCAGAGGCCCCGUCAUGCCUGAUCAUUCAGAUGCCUCGGUUUGGGAAGGACUUUAAACUCUUUAAGAAAAUCUUCCCUUCUCUGGAACUGAACAUCACGGACUUACUGGAAGACACCCCCCGGCAGUGCCGCAUCUGCGGAGGGCUGGCCAUGUACGAGUGCCGGGAGUGCUACGAGGACCCCGACAUCGCCGCCGGGACCAUCAAGCAGUUCUGCAAGGCCUGCAACACCCAGGUCCACCUGCACCCCAAGAGGCUGACCCACAAGUACAGCCCGGUGUCGCUGCCCGAGGACCUGCCGGCCUGGGGCUGGCGCGGCGGCGUGCCCUGCCAGAAGCUGGAGCUGUUCGCCGUGCUCUGCAUCGAGACCAGCCACUACGUGGCCUUCGUCAAGUACGGCCGGGACGACUCCGCCUGGCUCUUCUUCGACAGCAUGGCCGACCGGGACGGCGGCCAGAACGGCUUCAACAUCCCGCAGGUGACGCCGUGCCCCGAGGUGCGGGAGUACCUGCAGAUGGCGCCGGAGGAGCUGCACGCGCUGGACGCGCGGCGGAUCCAGGGCUGCGCCCGCCGGCUGCUGUGCGACGCGUACAUGGUCAUGUACCAGAGCCCCACCAUGAGCCUGUACAAGUAG